GAGCCCAUUGUUUUUCUCUUCUAUUUUUCCAACCACUAUAAAUAUCGCUGUAUCUCAGUCAACUUAUACUUACCCCGAAACUACCUUGCAAUUUGCAAUACAUUCUACUAGUACAACACAUUUCAACAAAACUUUGUACUACUACUAAUAUCUUGUACUCUCAUUUCUGGUUACUUUUCCCAUCACAGAUAUAAAUUCAUUUAUUUAUUGCAAUGAUUUUUAAAUACAGGUUCAGAGAGUUUUUAUCUUAGUUCAACCUAUCAUUGAAUAUUACUUCUUUUUCCCUUUCUGUUUUAAAAAAUUGUGAUGAUUGGUUCAGUUACUAGAUUGGAAGAAUCUGUGAAUCCAAUGGAUACUAGAAAUAAUGAAGAAAGUGAGAUAAGAGAAAACCUUGAAGAGGGUCCUGUGGCUAUGAUGGAUGAGGAAGUGAAUAGAAUAGCACCUUGGAGGAAACAGAUAACAGUUCGAGGAUUAAUAGCUAGUUUUGUAAUUGGAGUCAUUUAUAGUGUGAUUGUCAUGAAACUCAAUCUCACUACUGGAUUAGUCCCUAAUCUUAAUGUCUCUGCGGCUUUACUUGGCUUUGUGUUUAUUCGAAUUUGGACUAAGAUUCUUGCAAAGGCUAAGAUUGUUUCGAUUCCGUUUACUAGACAGGAGAAUACCAUCAUUCAAACUUGUGCUGUUGCUUGCUAUAGCAUCGCCGUAGGAGGUGGUUUUGGGUCUUACCUAUUGGGGUUGAAUAGAAGGACUUAUGAGCAAGCAGGGAUUGAUACACCGGGGAAUACUCCUGGUAGUACUAAGGAGCCUGCAAUCGGUUGGAUGACAGCAUUUCUAUUUGUGACCAGUUUUGUUGGACUUUUAGCUUUGGUUCCUAUUAGAAAGAUCAUGAUAAUAGACUACAAAUUAACUUAUCCAAGUGGAACUGCUACUGCGGUUCUUAUUAAUGGAUUCCAUACACCUAAAGGAGAUGUCAUGGCCAAGAAGCAGGUUCAUGGAUUCGUGAAAUUCUUCGCAUCGAGCUUUGUUUGGGCAUUCUUUCAGUGGUUCUUUACUGGUGGAGAUACUUGUGGAUUUGUUCAAUUUCCUACUUUUGGAUUGCAAGCAUGGAAAAACUCAUUUUACUUCGAUUUCAGUAUGACUUAUGUUGGAGCAGGAAUGAUCUGUUCUCAUCUUGUUAAUUUAUCAUUACUUCUUGGUGCUGUGGUUUCAUGGGGCAUCAUGUGGCCAUUAAUCAGAGGAUUAAAAGGAGAAUGGUUCCCUGCAAAUAUAAAAGAAAGUAGCAUGAAGAGUCUCAAUGGUUAUAAGGUUUUCAUUUCCAUUGCCUUGAUUCUUGGUGAUGGGUUUUACAAUUUUGUCAAAGUUCUCUAUUUCACUGCCACAAAUAUCCACGCCAACAUGAAAAAGAAGAAUCUUAAUAAUACAUUUUCCGGUAACCAGAAACAGUUGCCUCUUGAUGAUCUAAGACGCAACGAAAUGUUUGCGAGAGAAAAUAUUCCAAUAUGGUUGGCAUGUACAGGGUACAUAUUUUUCUCCGUCAUCUCUAUAGUUGUAAUCCCGUUGAUGUUCCCUCAGGUGAAGUGGUAUUUUGUCCUGUUUGCAUAUAUUUUUGCGCCUUCUCUUGGCUUCUGCAAUGCUUACGGUGCUGGAUUAACCGAUAUGAACAUGGCCUAUAACUAUGGAAAAGUAGCUCUCUUUGUACUUGCAGCUUUGGCUGGAAAAAGCGAUGGUGUAGUUGCUGGACUUGUAGGGUGUGGUUUGAUUAAAUCAAUUGUUUCAAUUUCAUCUGAUUUAAUGCAUGAUUUGAAGACAGGCCAUCUCACAUUGACUUCGCCGCGUUCGAUGCUUGUAAGCCAAGCAAUUGGUACAGCAAUAGGUUGUGUUGUUGCUCCUAUCACAUUCUUCCUUUUUUACAAAGCUUUUGAUGUUGGGAAUCCAGAUGGUGUUUACAAGGCUCCAUAUGCUAUUAUAUAUAGAAACAUGGCAAUUUUGGGCGUGGAAGGUUUUUCCGCACUUCCACGUCACUGCUUGCAAUUGUGUUGUGGAUUUUUUGUGUUUGCAAUAGUGGCUAAUUUGUUGAGAGAUCUUGGCCCGAAAAAAGUUGGUAGAUGGAUUCCACUUCCAAUGGCUAUGGCUGUGCCUUUUCUUGUUGGUGGUUACUUUGCCAUUGACAUGUGUGUAGGAAGUUUGAUUGUGUUUGCAUGGCAUAUCCUGAACAAAAGUGAAGCAGGUUUGAUGGUUCCUGCAGUUGCUUCUGGUUUGAUUUGUGGAGAUGGAUUAUGGAUUCUUCCUUCAUCCAUUCUUGCUUUGUUAAAGAUUCGUCCCCCGAUUUGCAUGAGCUUCUUCCCAUCUAGGUAGAAUGUUCGGAUUUGGACAUGUUGCACGCGUCACACAAAAUUAUCGUUGUCAGCCAUCCAAUUUCAAAUCCACUGUCAUAAUCAUUUUUAAACUGAUUAUGAUAUUGUGAAAUCUGAAUUGUUCCAUCUCAGAUUAUAGGCAAAAAUCUUGGUCCAAAGUUCACACAGUAAUAUUCACUUAUAGAGAUUAGAGGAAUUAGAUGUAGUAAAAUUAUUCUACCUAAGGUAAUUAUGGUCAUAAUGUUAUAGGAGGCUUGCUUCAUAGUUAUUAUAUAUAUAAAUAUGCAAGCUUUGGAAUUC